CUUUCUCUGGGCACUGUUGCUUAUGAGCCCUGAGCUCUUCAGAGGCCCAAAGUUGAUUGAAGCGGAAGAAAACAGAACGCCGAGCGCUGCGGCCGGCUAUCGGCGGAGUUCAGUGAAGCUAGAGCUUGCGAAGGCAGCAGCAGCAAUGGAGGUUCAACCCAAGAGCUCUCGCAAGGAGAAGAAAGCAAAACGACAAGAGGUUCUGGAAAGGAAGAAGAAAAUCGAUAAAUUGAUACAAGCAGCUUCUUCCGAGCACGACCAUCUCUCUUCUUUCCCUCCCUUCCGCCGUUUCGACAGAAAUGGAUUGUGUGUUGUUUUGGAGUCUGGAAAUGGCGAUAAGCUCUCUGCUGCUCUAAAGCAAUACAUUCAGAAUCUCCUCAAAGUGAACAUGGAGGGUCCAUUUGGGGAAGAAUGGCCAGAGGAAGAGAAAGUCAAGCGCAGAGAAAUGGUGUCUCCAGAAGCACGUUAUAUCUUCGUUAAGGAAGAAUCCCCUGAGGCUGAUAAUGAUAAAACUGCUGCCUUUGUAGGCUUUGUUCAUUUCAGGUUAACUCUGGAGGAAGAGAUACCUGUUCUCUAUGUUUAUGAGAUUCAGCUCGAGUCUCGUAUUCAAGGCAAAGGCCUGGGGAAGUUCUUGAUGCAACUCGUUGAGCUUAUUGCUCGUAAGAGCUGUAUGAGUGCUGUAGUGUUAACAGUUCAGAAAGCCAAUGUUGCAGCUAUGAAUUUCUACACGAGCAAGUUGAGAUACACAAUAUCAAGCAUUUCACCAUCACGAGUUGAUCCCCUGAUGGGAGCUGAAAAGAGUUACGAGAUUCUCUGCAAAGCAUUUGAUCGUGAAGCCAAGGUUGCACUGGAGGAGACUGCCUGAGCUGGGAGGAGGAUGCCUCAAGCCUUCAGGCACAAGUCAAAGGUCCCCGUUGAGAGGUUGCACUCGAACGAAUUAAAACCAGACCUCGAUCAUCUCUUCGUUGCCCAUGUCAAUGUGUAGUCGUUGUAGAACAAUGAAUUGGUGGAGCCUGAAUCUGGUGAGAACCCUUUACUGAGCAAGCUACAUCAUAUAUGGUUAGCAUAGAAAAGAACAAUUUUGAGCAGCAGCAUGUACACCGUUCAUUUAUUCCGAAAGAGCAAAAGUGUAUGCCUGCAACGAGGAAGAUCGUUCAUUCUUUCGUGAAUGUCGUGCACUCGAGCUGGAGCAAUCUUUUUACUACCUGGAAAUGAGAUGAACAUUUCUUUUGUCAAUCAAUAUUCAAUUUCAUUGUUAGGUAAGCUUCCAUGUGAAGCCAGCAGCUAAGACAUCGAAUCAGAACUGGGAUAUAGGCAAGAAUCCUGCUGUUACAUUGUCCUACUCUCAUGCUUAGUCAAUUCAAAUAAUGCUUCAGCUGACUCAAACUCUUUUCCAUUAUGAGGAAUAUCCUUCACUUUUGAUUGCCAAUUCAUACUCACUAAAAACCUGUUUCAACAAACUUGCAAACGUCUU